CAGGAAUCCAUAAGCCGAUUUUGUCUGAAAGUGGGGAAAUAGACAAAAAUUUCUUGAUACGGAGACCAUAUUUCCGCAGUAUUGCAGUGGAUGACACCAAAAACACACUAGAUUGAUAUGAAAGUACAAUUACUGGAAAUGGCGAGAGGAAACUAGUUCAGUUAUUCAUAGGAACAAAGAUACUUACAUAGACUCAGUGACCACUUUAUUAGGUACUCCUGUACACCUGCUCAUCAGCCAAUCAAGUGGCAGCAACUCAAUGCAUAAAAGCAUGUAGACAUGGUCAAGAGGUUCAGUUGUUGUUCGGACCGAACAUCAGAAUGGGGGAGAAAUGUGAUCUAAAUGACUUUGACCAUGGAAUGAUUGUUGGUACCAGACGGGAUGGUUUUUAUAUCCCAAAACUGCUGAUGUCCUGGGAUUUUCAUGCACAAUAUAUCUAGAGUUUACAGAGAAUGGUGCAAAAAAAUUUUUUAAAAAUCCAGUGAGCAGCAGUUCUGUGGGCAAAAAUGUCUUGUUAAUUAGAGAGGUAAGGAGACAAUGACCAUUCUGGUUCAAACUGACAGGAAGACAACUGUAGCUUAAGUAACCACACGUUACAACAGUGGCGUGCAGAAGAGCAUCUCCGAAUGCGUAACACAUUGAAUCUUGAAGUGCGAGGGCUACAGCCGCAGAAGACCACAAACAUGCUGAAAUACACAGAGUUGCCACUUUAGCUACUGACAAAGGGUCUCGGCCCGAAACGGCGACUGUACCUCUUCCUAGAGAUGCUGCCUGGCCUGCUGCGUUCACCAGCAACUUUGAUGUGUGUUGCUUGAAUUUCCAGCAUCUGCAGAAUUCCUGUUAUUUCAUUUACCUUUUCACCAUGUCCCAUGUGAUGUACAUUGAACAGGAUUUAGGUUGGAAGAGAAGCGAUUGUGAUACUAAAAUGAAUUUCAGUAUGGACUCUGGCAUAGCAGUUGUUCUGCCAAGGGAUGGAGGAAAUCUCUCUAAUGAACUUACCCUUACUGAUUCACCCAGUGGAGGUGUGAUAAUCAGAGACAUACAGAAAGACUCCGCAGUUGCAAGAAUUGGUACCCUGAAGAAAGGUGAUCAACUGAAUGCAGUAACAAUACAUUUUGACAACCUAAGUAGUGAAGAAGUUGGCAAAAUACUGAAAUACGCUGACCCAUACAAAAAAAGUCUGAAAUUUAAUGCAAAAGAUGCAGAUUAUGGAUUACAAAAUUCUUAUAUGGGAAUUAGUGAUCAAGCUUACCAAAAGUUGUACAACAGCAAGAUCAAGCCCCACCUUAAGCUAGCAAACACAGGUACCGGUGUUGGUGGCCUAAAUAUCAAUGGAAAAACACCUUCGAUUGACGUAAGUAGACCGAAGAUUUCUUCUGACUUUAAUGCAAAACUACAAGCUUCACCAACUAUCGAUGUGAAAACACCUAGCUUUGAUAUCAGUGGUCCACAAGGUAAAAUACAACUGACUGAUGUUAAAGCUUCAACUCCGAAGCCUGGAACAGGAUUGAUAAACUCUGAGUUUGAUAUUAAAUCACCAAAGGGGGCAAUUAAGAUGCCUGAUAUGGAAUUUAAAGAUCCGAGUUUUGAAAUGCCAUCAUCAAAUUUGAAGACUGACGUAAAAGCUCCUGGGAUUAAGAUUAAAUCUCCAAAAGGGGGUUUUGAUGUCAAUAUGCCAAAUGCAGAUUUUCAAGCCCCGAAGUUUGAAACUCCGUCAGCCAAUUUACAUGGACCAAGUAUCUCAGCACUUGAUACAGGCAUUAACAUGAAAGCACCAAAAGUCAAAGAUGUUGACCUGAAUUUAUCAACGCCAAAUAUUGAUCUUGAAGCUCCAAGCAUUGAAACUGACAACUUUGGUGCAGAAGGCAAAAUGAGGUUCCCAAAAUUUAAAAAACCUACAUUUUCCCUCUCUGGAAAUAAACCGAAAGGGCCUGAACUGGACAUGUCUAUACCAGAUGUAAAGGCUGAUAUAAAAACUCCUGAUGUGGACCUUAAAGGAAGUGUGGAUCUUCCUGACGUGAAAGGGAAAUGGAAAAUGCCCUCCUUUGGAUUAUCUGGACCCAAAGGACCCAAUGUGGAUUUUGAUGGUUCAUUAAAAGCGCCCGGUAUUGAUGUGUCAGGUCCAAAUGUUAAGGGAAAUUUUGAAGGUCCAGAUGUUGACUUGAAACUUCCCAAAGGGGAAAUGGAUGCAAAUUUGCCUGAUGCUAACCUUACAGGAGGAAAGUUUAAAUUACCUGGAGUGAAAUGGCCAAAUAAUAAAUUGUCAUUGUCAGGUCCUGAUAAGGGACUGAACUUACCAAAAGGUCAGCUAGAUCUUUCUGCUCCCGACUUUCAGGGAGAUAUCAAAGGUCCAAAACUUGAUCUCAAAGGCCCAAAUAUUGACAUCAAUGGUCCUAAUGUUGAUGUGCCUGAUGCAAAGGGAAAGUUUAAAAUGCCAAGCUUAAAGAUGCCUUCCUUUGGUCUAUCUGGACCCAAAACACCGGAUCUGGACAUUGAUGGUUCCUUGAAAGGCCCUGGUAUUGAUGUGUCUGGUCCGAAUAUUAAAGGGAAUUUUGACACUCCAGAUGUUGACUUAAAUCUUCCAAAAGGAGACAUUGAUAUCAACAUCCCCAAAGCAGAAAUUAAUAAACCAAAAUUUAAAAUGCCAGUGUUUAAGAUGCCAAGUGCAAACUUGUCAACUCCAGACACAAGCCUGAACUUAAAAGCACCAGAAGUGACAGGCGAUUUAGAUGCAAAACUGAAGAAACCCAAUUUAAAUAUUACUGGAAUUGAAGGACCUGAUGUGAACCUAGGUGGCAAUCUUAAACUACCUGAUGCUGAUAUUUCAGCUCCAGAUCUUAAAGCAGGAAUCCGAACUCCUGGCAUAGGCUUUGAUAAACCACAGUUAAACACAGAUUAUGAUAUGCCUGAUAUGAAUCUUGAAGUUCCUGAGGUAAAGCUGAAAGGCCCAAGCAUAAAGAAACCUUCAUUUAAUAUGUCUGGAGGAAAUGUUUCUGUUCCAGAUGUGGACCUAAACUUACCAACACCAAAGUUAGACCUCUCUACUCCAAAAGUAGAAGGAGAUUUCAAAGGUCCAAACGUUGACAUAAAUGCACCAAAAGUGGAUGGCUUUGGCACGGAAGGUAAAUUUAAGUUCCCAAAAUUUAAAAAACCUACAUUUUCCCUCUCUGGAAAUAAACCAAAAGGGCCUGAACUGGACAUGUCUCUACCAGAUGUGAAGGCAGAUGUAAAAACUCCUGAUGUGGACCUUAAAGGAGGUGUGGAUCUUCCUGACAUGAAAGGGAAAUGGAAAAUGCCCUCCUUCGGAUUAUCUGGACCCAAAGGACCCAAUGUGGAUUUUGAUGGUUCAUUAAAAGCGCCCGGUAUUGAUGUGUCAGGUCCAAAUGCUAAGGGAAAUUUUGAAGGUCCAGGUGUUGACUUGAAACUUCCCAAAGGGGAAAUGGAUGCAAAUUUGCCUGAUGCUAACCUUACAGGAGGAAAGUUUAAAUUACCUGGAGUGAAAUGGCCAAAUAAUAAAUUGUCAUUGUCAGGUCCUGAUAAAGGGCUGAACCUACCAGAAGGUCAGCUAGAUCUUUCUGCCCCCAACUUUCAGGGAGAUAUCAAAGGUCCUAACCUUGAUGUGAAGGGUCCAAAUAUUGACAUCAAUGGUCCUAAUGUUGAUGUGCCUGAUGCAAAGGGAAAGUUUAAAAUGCCAAGCUUAAAGAUGCCUUCCUUUGGUCUAUCUGGACCCAACACACCGGAUCUGGAUGUUGAUGGUUCCUUGAAAGGCCCUGGUAUUGAUGUGUCUGGUCCGAAUAUUAAAGGGAAUUUUGACACUCCAGAUGUUGACUUAAAUCUUCCAAAAGGAGACAUUGAUAUCAACAUCCCCAAAGCAGAAAUUAAUAAACCAAAAUUUAAAAUGCCAGUAUUUAAGAUGACAAGUGCAAACUUGUCAACUCCAGACACAAGCCUGAACUUAAAAGCACCAGAAGUGACAGGCGAUUUAGAUGCAAAACUGAAGAAACCCAAUUUAAGUAUUACUGGAAUUGAAGGACCUGAUGUGAACCUAGGUGGCAAUCUUAAACUACCUGAUACUGAUAUUUCAGCUCCAGAUCUUAAAGCAGGAAUCCGAACUCCUGGCAUAGGCUUUAAUAAACCACAGUUAAACACAGAUUAUGAUAUGCCUGAUAUGAAUCUUGAAGUUCCUGAGGUAAAGCUGAAAGGCCCAAGCAUAAAGAAACCUUCAUUUAAUAUGUCUGGAGGAAAUGUUUCUGUUCCAGAUGUGGACCUAAACUUAUCAACACCAAAGUUAGACCUCUCUACUCCAAAAGUAGAAGGAGAUUUCAAAGGACCAAACAUUGACAUAAAUGCUUCAAAAGUGGAUGGCUUUGGUACAGAAGGUAAAUUUAAGUUCCCAAAAUUCAAAAAACCUACAUUUUCCCUCUCUGGAAAUAAACUGAAAGGGCCUGAACUGGACAUGUCUAUACCAGAUGUGAAGGCAGAUGUAAAAACUCCUGAUGUGGACCUUAAAGGAGGUGUGGAUCUUCCUGACACGAUAGGGAAAUGGAAAAUGCCCUCCUUCGGAUUAUCUGGACCCAAAGGACCCAAUGUGGAUUUUGAUGGUUCAUUAAAAGUGCCCGGUAUUGAUGUGUCAGGUCCAAAUGUUAAGGGAAAUUUUGAAGGUCCAGAUGUUGAUUUGAAACUUCCCAAAGGGGAAAUAGAUGCAGACCUUCCAGAUGCAGAACUUAAAGGAGGAAAGUUUAAAUUACCUGGAGUAAAAUGGCCAAAUAAUAAAUUGUCAUUGUCAGGUCCUGAUAAGGGACUGAACUUACCAAAAGGUCAGCUAGAUCUUUCUGCUCCCGACUUUCAGGGGGAUAUCAAAGGUCCUAAACUUGAUUUCAAAGGCCCAAAUCUUGACAUCAAUGGUCCUAAUGUUGAUGUGCCUGAUGCAAAGGGAAAGUUUAAAAUGCCAAGCUUAAAGAUGCCUUCCUUUGGUCUAUCUGGUCCCAAAGGCCCAGGUGUUGAUUUUGAUGGUUCAGUAAAAGUUCCCAGUAUUGAUGUGUCAGGUCCAAAUGUUAAGGGAAACUUUGACACUCCGGAUGUUAACUUGAAACUUCCCAAAGGGGAAAUAGAUGCAGACCUUCCAGAUGCAGAACUUAAAGGAGGAAAGUUUAAAUUACCUGGAGUAAAAUGGCCAAAUAAUAAAUUGUCAUUGUCAGGUCCUGAUAAGGGACUGAACUUACCAAAAGGUCAGCUAGAUCUUUCUGCUCCCGACUUUCAGGGGGAUAUCAAAGGUCCUAAACUUGAUUUCAAAGGCCCAAAUCUUGACAUCAAUGGUCCUAAUGUUGAUGUGCCUGAUGCAAAGGGAAAGUUUAAAAUGCCAAGCUUAAAGAUGCCUUCCUUUGGUCUAUCUGGUCCCAAAGGCCCAGGUGUUGAUUUUGAUGGUUCAGUAAAAGUUCCCAGUAUUGAUGUGUCAGGUCCAAAUGUUAAGGGAAACUUUGACACUCCGGAUGUUAACUUGAAACUUCCCAAAGGGGAAAUGGAUGCAAAUUUGCCUGAUGCUAACCUUACAGGAGGAAAGUUUAAAUUACCAGGAGUGAAGUGGCCAAGUAAUAAAUUGUCAUUGUCAGGUCCUGAUAAAGGGCUGAACCUACCAGAAGGUCAGCUAGAUCUUUCUGCCCCCAACUUUCAGGGAGAUAUCAAAGGUCCUAACCUUGAUGUGAAAGGUCCAAAUAUUGACAUCAACGGUCCUAAUGUUGAUGUGCCUGAUGCAAAGGGAAAGUUUAAAAUGCCAAGCUUAAAGAUGCCUUCCUUUGGUCUAUCUGGACCCAAAACACCGGAUCUGGACAUUGAUGGUUCCUUGAAAGGCCCUGGUAUUGAUGUGUCUGGUCCGAAUAUUAAAGGAAAUUUUGACACUCCAAAUGUUGACUUAAAUCUUACAAAAGGAGACAUUGAUAUCAACAUCCCCAAAGCAGAGAUUAAUAAACCAAAAUUUAAAAUGCCAGAGUUUAAGAUGUCAAGUGCUAAUUUGUCAACUCCAGACACAAGCCUCAACUUAAAAGCACCAAAAAUGACAGGAGAUUUAGAUGCAAAACUGAAGAAACCCAAUUUAAACAUAACUGGAAUUGAAGGACCUGAUAUGAACCUAGGUGGUAAUCUUAAAAUUCCUGAUGCUGAUAUUUCAGCCCCAGAUCUUAAAGCAGGAAUCCAAUCUGCUGGUAUAGGUUUUAAUAAGCCUGAGUUAAGCACAGAUUAUGAUAUGCCUGAUAUGAAUCUUGAAGUUCCUGAAAUAAAGUUGAAAGGCCCAAGCAUAAAGAAACCUUCAUUCAAUAUGUCUGGAGGAAAGGUUUCUGUUCCAGAUGUGGACCUAAACUUAUCAACACCAAAGUUAGAUCUCUCUACUCCAAAAGUAGAAGGAGAUUUCAAAGGUCCAAACGUUGACAUAAAUGCUCCAAAAGUGGAUGGCUUUGGCACGGAAGGUAAAUUUAAGUUCCCAAAAUUCAAAAAACCUACAUUUUCCCUCUCUGGAAAUAAACCAAAAGGGCCUGAACUGGACAUGUCUAUACCAGAUGUGAAGGCAGAUAUAAAAACUCCUGAUGUGGACCUUAAAGGAGGUGUGGAUCUUCCUGACACGAAAGGGAAAUGGAAAAUGCCCUCCUUCGGACUAUCUGGACCCAAAGGACCCAAUGUGGAUUUUGAUGGUUCAUUAAAAGCACCCGGUAUUGAUGUGUCAGGUCCAAAUGUUAAGGGAAAUUUUGAAGGUCCAGAUGUUGAUUUGAAACUUCCCAAAGGGGAAAUAGAUGCAGACCUUCCAGUUGCAGAACUUAAAGGAGGAAAGUUUAAAUUACCUGGAGUAAAAUGGCCAAAUAAUAAAUUGUCAUUGUCAGGUCCUGAUAAAGGGCUGAACCUACCAGAAGGUCAGAUAGAUCUUUCUGCUCCCAACUUUCAGGGGGAUAUCAAAGGUCCUAACCUUGAUCUCAAAGGCCCAAAUCUUGACAUCAAUGGCCCUAAUGUUGAUGUCCCUGAUGCACAAGGGAAGUUCAAAAUGCCAAGCUUAAAGAUGCCUUCCUUUGGUCUAUCUGGUCCCAAAGGCCCAGAUGUUGAUUUUGAUGGUCUCAGUGUUGAUGCGUUGGGUCCUAAUGUUAAGGGAAAUUUUGAAACUCCAGAUGUUGACAUGAAACUUCCCGAAGCGGAAAUAGAUGCAAAUUUGCCAGAUGCAGAAUUUACAGGAGGGAAGUUUAAAUUACCAGGAGUGAAGUGGCCAAGUAAUAAAUUGUCAUUGUCAGGUCCUGAUAAUGGGCUGAGCCUACCAAAAGGUCAGAUAGAUCUUUCUGCCCCAGACAUUCAGGGGGAUAUCAGAGGUCCAAGAGUUGAUCUCAAAGGCCCAAAUGUUGACAUCAAUGGUCCUAAUGUUGAUGUCCCUAAUGCAAAAGGAAAGUUUAAAAUGCCAAAGGUUGAAUUGCCUUCUUUCCGAAUGUCUGGUCCCAAAGCACCUGAUCUGGAUGUUGGUGGUUCAGUGCCUAGCAUUGGUGUGUCAAGUCCUAAUAUUAAGGGUAAUUAUGAAACUCCAGAUUUUGGCAUGCAAGGUUCAAGUGGAAACAUGGAUAUUAAAAUGCCUAGCACAAAGUGGUCAAGUCCAGAUACUAACUUCAGUUUGAAAACACCAACUGUGACAAGUGAUGUAGAUGCAAAAUUGAAGGUUCCAACUUUCAAAAAACCUAAUGUGGAAAUUUCAGGAAUGGAACAGCCUUCCCUAAAUGUAGGUGGUAAUUUGAAUGUUCCUAAGGCUGAAAUACAUGCUCCAUCCCUUAAGGGAGAUAUGGACCUUAAAAAUCCUAAAAAUGGUAUAGGUUUUGAUAUGCCUGACAUGAACCUCGAAAUUCCUGAUAUAAGUGCAAAAGGCUCGGGUUUGAAGAAGCCUUCACUUAACAUGUCUCCAGGAAAUGUAGAUCUCAACCUACCUACUGCGCAUAUAAAAGGAGGUGCAGGUAUUGACAUGUCUGAAAGAAAACUGAAAGGUGCAAGCAUAGGUGCCAAGCAUACAAAAAAUAGUGUUAGUUCUCCAAAUUUGAAUGGCGAGUUUCGUGAAGUUGGUGUUGAUGUGAACAUACCAAAUCCUUCUGCUCAAAUAAAUGUUCCCAAAGUUAGACUAAGUACAGAUGAGAAUAAAUUUUCAAGAGAAACAUUUAAAAUAAGGUCAUCAUCUGUAUCUGACCUUGAUGAUGCAACUGCACAGGGAAAAUACAAUGCUAAUUUACAAGCAAAAUCUUCCAGCACAAUGAAUGUCAAUGCCGAUUCCAUGAGUAAAAAAAGUAAGUUCAAAUUCUCAAAAUUAUUCAAUUUUAAUCAUAAAUCAAAGGGAUCAGUUGAUUUCACAAAGGCCAGGGAAGCAAAUUCUUCUGGGAGAUUUACAACAAAAUCUAUAUUCCCAGAGCUUGAGUUUUCUGUGUCUGAUAACUGAAGGUAAUGAUUAUUAAAGCAUGGUUGAUUUCAGUAACAGGUAUAUAAUCCUUUUAAUUCAGCCUCAGCAAAAGAAAUCAUCUUUGAUGUAUUGUAUUCAGCCAGACUUAAUAAAAAGCAGGAACAUUAUUAAAUUCAGAAUAGCAGUAAAUUAGGCUACUCUGGAAUACUGACUUUUUCAUGGAUCCACAUUCAAAGUCUGCAGCAGACAUAGUGAUUCAGCUGCUAGAGCUGCUUCCUCACAGCAAUAAUGAGCCUGAGCCAGUCAUAACCUUGCACUGUUUAGAAAUUGCAACCUUUCCCUGUGACCACGUUUUCCUCUGGGUUGACCAGGUUUCCUCCUACAUGCAGGCUGGCAGGUUAAUUGGCUACUCUCUGUUUUCUCUCGUGUAGACUAGUGAGUUGAUGAGAAUGCAGGGAGAAUAAAAUGGAAGCUCUGUGCUAUUUUGGUGGGCCAAACCGUCCUCUUCAAUGACUAAUUCUAGCUUUUUGAUGUGCUAGAGUAUGGGACUUGCAUGAAAUGAAGUUUAAUAAAUGAACCUAAGCAUAAAGGUAACUUUCUGGAAGAAUACUUCGCGCAAAAAGAUUGCUUCUGGAAUCAUACUGAUUGCCUACUUCCAACCUUAUUUUUUGAGAUUAGGCCUUUUUCAGUCUUUUCUUUUCCCUUGGAUCCUUGGCUUAUUCUAACUGUUACCUUUCCUUUUGUGAUAGAUAUGUAGAUCCCCCUGAAAAACAUGCAGACUCCAAACAGAUGUGUCAUAGACUCCUUCAAAGGAUGCUAAAUAUCCAUCAGAAUAAAACUUUGGCAAAAAAUUUUUAAAAACUAAAACCACAAAACAAUCAAAUCAAUUCUGACAUUCUUUGAAGGUGAUACUUCUAAAUUAGGAUCCUGCUUAAAAACAUACUUCAAUUUUCACAGACUCCUAAAAAUCUGCAAGUUAUUUUAGUGACAUGAUAAAGUCUAAAAUUAUAUAAUCACUUAUUUGUCAAUCUUGCGCAAAACUUCAUUCAUCAAACUUAUAUGUAAUACAAAUGACCAUACUAGGUGAUAUAUGGAAUAAGCUAAAGAUAUCUGUUUAAAAUAUUUAAGUAUAUACAGUAUAUAUUAGAGAGAGAGAGAGAAAGAGCGUGAUCAGGAUUGUACAGCGUUUUCUUAAUUCUUCAAUAUCAAAUUUGAUGUAUAAAAUAGUUUCUUUAAAGUUUUGAAAAUGUAAACUUUGAAAUAUAUUAAAUAUUUCUUGAAAUGUCAGUCCUAUGUGUUAAAUGUUAUUGCUUUAUUCUAAAGUAAAAGACUCCAUUUUUAUUGAAGUAACCAUGUAAUAAUGAUAUUUAUGGGAAUAUUAUAUCAACUGCGUGUGGGAUAAUUAGCUUUAAAUUGGUCUCUUUGAUGAUCAAAUUUUGCAACUCAGUUUUAAUAUGUUGCCAGCACUUUAUCUGUACAUUCUUAAAUGGAUAA